AUGAGCUCCUACCUGGAGUACGUGUCGUGUGGCGGCGGUGGCGGCGGCGGCGGCGACGUGCUGAGUUUUGCGCCCAAGUUCUGCCGCGCCGACGCCCGCCCGGUGGCCCUGCAGCCCGCGUUCCCCCUGGGCAGCGGUGACGGCGCCUUCGUCAGCUGCCUGCCCCUGCCCGCCGCCCGGCCCGCUCCGUCGCCGCCGGCCGCCCCCGCGCAGCCCCCCGUGCCGCCCCCGGCCGCGCCCCCGUUCGCGCCCUGCAGCCUGGAGGGGGCCUACGAGGCGGGCGCCGCACCUGCUGCGGCCGGGGGCGCCGACUACGGCUUCCUGGGGCCCGGGCCCGCCUUCGACUUCCCGUGCGCGCUCGGGCGGCCGGCCGACGACGGGGGGCCGCACGUCCACUACGCCACCUCGGCCGUCUUCUCGGGCGGUGGCUCCUUCCUGCUCAGCGGCCAGGUGGACUACGCGGCCUUCGGUGAGCCGGGCCCCUUCCCCGCGUGUCUCAAGGAGCCCGCCGACGGCCACGCCGGGGCCUUCCAGACCGCGUCCCCGGCCCCCGGCGCAUACCCCAAGUCCGCCUCCCCGACCUCCGGCCUCCCGGCCGCCUUCAGCACGUUCGAGUGGAUGAAAGUGAAGAGGAACGCUCCCAAGAAAAGCAAACUCUCCGAGUAUGGAGCGGCUAGCCCCGCCAGCACCAUCCGCACGAAUUUCAGCACCAAGCAACUGACCGAGCUGGAGAAGGAGUUUCAUUUCAACAAGUACUUAACUCGAGCCCGCCGCAUCGAGAUAGCCAACUCCUUGCAGCUGAAUGACACCCAAGUUAAAAUCUGGUUCCAGAACCGCAGGAUGAAACAGAAGAAAAGGGAACGCGAAGGGCUUCUGCCCACAGCUACCCCUCCGGCUUCUUUCCCGCUCCCCCUCUCAGGAACGAGCCCCGCCAAGUCUGGCAAAAACCCCGGGAGCCCUUCUCAGGCUCAAGAACCUUCCUGA